AUGGACAGUUCGCGAGAUUUCUACACCUCCACCCCUGGGGGAAGCAGGGAUGACGAAGAGUUUGGCACCAGUGGCGAUGAUUCCUUCUUCACGCCUCUUCCGUGGUAUGCUCUUCUGCCCGUCAACAUGUGGAAGAAAUACAAGAGGGCUCUCAUCAUCGGUGUGAGCGUUCUCGGGGUGGUGCUUGUGGGUCUCAUCAUCACCGCUGCGGUCGUAUCUUCGAGGCACGACUCCUCCAAGCACACUGCCACUGGCCCCAAGAAUGUGAUCGUCAUGAUCACGGAUGGUUUCGGUCCAGCAUCUGUCACGCUGGCCCGGACGCUCAAUGGCGCACCACUGCAGCUGGACCGCAUGAUCCGCGGCACUAUUCGGACCAAAUCGGCCAACAGCCUUGUGACCGACAGCGCUGCUGGGGCGACGUCCUACAGCUGCGGGCUGAAGACCAACAACACCUUUGUGGCCGUUGAUCCGAGAGGUCGUGCUUGUGGUACUAUCUUGGAAGCUGCACAGAAGAAGGGAAUGCGGACGGGUCUAGUCGUGACGAGUCGCAUCACGGAUGCCACUCCCGCCUCCUUUUCAUCGCAUUCUGUGACUCGCUAUGCGCAGGAGUUCAUCGCCUCGCAGCAGGUAACCAAAGGCAUCGACAUUAUGUUUGGCGGAGGUCGCGACUACUACUUGCCAAAGAGCGAGGGCGGCUUGCGAGAGGAUGGGAAGAAUCUUCUCGAGGAAGCCUCCAAGGCGGGCGUCUCUGUGGCCACGACGCUCAAUCAGUUCAACGCAAUUUCCAAGAUGCCCACUCUCGGCCUCUUUGGCAUGAGCCACCUGGACUACACCAUCGACAGAAAUCUCGAACAGCCCACUCUGGCUCAAAUGGUCGCCAAGGCUCUCAGCUUGCUCGAAAAAGACUCCCCAAAGGGAUUUUUCCUCAUGGUCGAAGGUUCCAGGAUCGACCACGCAGGGCAUGACAACGAUGCUGCCACCCACUAUCGCGAGGUGCUGGCGUACGACGACGCUCUUAAGGAAAUUAUCACGUUUGCCGAGAAGGACGGCGACACCCUGGUGGUGAGCGUAUCGGACCACGAAACCGGCGGACUCACGCUGGGCGUCACUCCUCGCAGUGGGUCCUACCCUGUCUAUGACUGGUACUGGAGCCCUUUCCCUCGGUAUCUGGAGUACACCAGUUUUCGGCUCACAAAUGAUUGGGUUCAAAAUAAGGCGUCAGCCUACAAGAUGGCGGCAGCAAUCCACGCCGCAGCACCCAAUGCCUCCGAGGAACAACUGCUCGAAGCGGCGAAGACUGUUUUGCGUGAAAAGGCCGGACUCGAGCUCAACCAAGAAGAUCUGGCCUUGCUUGCUCCUGCCCUCAGCUCCAAGCCCACGGGCAUUCCCCUGUUGAACGUGAUAGGCAACAUUAUCGCCUACCGAGCCGGCAUCGCAUGGACCACUCUUGGGCACACCGGGGUGGACAUCAACCUCUACUCCUACACAAAAGCCCCCAACGUUGACCUCCCAGGAGUCAAGAUAACGGAAAAGUUCGGCAAUGGAGGCAACUUGGAAAACUUCGAUGUGGGCCAGUAUCUCAUUGAUGUGGGCCACUUUGACGUCGAAGCCGUCUCUCGGGCGCUCCAGAGCUUCAACCCCAACCCACUAGCACAAGAGAAGACGAAGAGACAAAUGCGGAAGGCCAACGUAGACGUCGUUGUCGACCCGUACCACCCCGAGCUGUGA